GCUGGCUCCUCCCCUCUGAUCCACAGAAACGAUGCCGGAACCAGCGAAGGCCUCAGCGCCCAAGAAGGGCUCCAAGAAGGCGGUGACCAAGGUCCCCGGGAAGACCGGGAAGAAGAGGAGGAAGAGCCGCAAGGAGAGCUACGCCAUCUACGUGUACAAGGUGCUGAAGCAGGUGCACCCCGACACCGGCAUCUCCUCCAAGGCCAUGGGCAUCAUGAACUCCUUCGUGAGCGACAUCUUCGAGCGCAUCGCCGGGGAGGCCUCCCGCCUGGCUCACUACAACAAGCGCUCCACCAUCACCUCCAGGGAGAUCCAGACCGCCGUGCGCCUGCUGCUGCCCGGGGAGCUGGCCAAGCACGCCGUGUCCGAGGGCACCAAGGCCGUGACCAAGUACACCAGCUCCAAGUAAACUGCGGGACACCGCUUCCACCCAACGGCUCUUUUAAGAGCCACACACCGGCUCCAUGGAGACAAACGGUCCUGAGGCAGAAGUUGUUCAAAUUCUGUCGAACAAGUGAAGUAACUUGGAAACUUUAGAUAAAAGUUCCCCUCACGAGUUUCGAGGUGAAAGAAGCUUUAGAGGAGUUCACUGGUAUCUACACAUUUUGCUACGUUUAUGUUAAUAUACAUCAGAAAUGUAUUAGUUUCUACUUUAAUCAAUUCAAACACUGAACUUUGAAGAAGCAGCAAAUCACUGAGACCUGAGCAGAUUUAUCCUUGACCAGUUUCCUCUCACGUGAUUUAACGUUUUGUUUCAUACGUGUAUUCACCACUCGAUGAUUCUCACAGGAGCCACAGCUGUCACAGAUGUUCACUGAAUAUGAAAUUAGUUCAAUGUUUCAUUCUGCAGAAUUCUAGAAACAAGAAUUCCAACUUCAAAAUGUAAACAUGAGUCGAAGGAUUUCGAUGCUGACGAGAGAAUAAAGUUCAGUGAAGCCUC